GACGCUUACGUGAUACGUGCCGAUUGGAGAUAUUCACCGGCCGGAACAGCGGAGCUUUCGUGUGGGUUAUAGAGCUUAGUAUUUGCUUAUCACUAUUAGUCGGUGUUUUUCAAGAUAAUUGUGUAGACGGUGAAAUUGGUGUAAUAAUUUGAAUAAAAAAUCAUUAUUUCAGAGGAAUGCUCACCAAUAAAUUGACCCAUUUCCCCGUUAAGACCCUUGCAAAUGUAUUAUAUUGGUUCCAACUUUACCUUCUGUGUUUGCGUGCCGUUUCAGCAACAAAUAUGACUACCUACAAGUUAACAUAUUUCCCAGUGAAAGCUCUUGGAGAGCCUAUUCGAUUCUUAUUGAGUUACGGAGGCGUCGACUUUAUUGACGAUCGAUUUGACCGAAAUGAUUGGCCAAAAAUCAAAAAAGAAACGCCAUUUGGUCAAGUCCCUGUACUGGAAGUAAAUGGCAAGAAAGUCUGUCAAUCAACUGCCAUCAGCCGUUAUUUAGCUAAACAAUUUGGUCUCGUUGGAAAAGAUGACUGGGAAAAUCUUGAAAUCGAUUCUACCGUUGAUACAAUUCACGAUGUCCGUGCGAAAAUCGCCGCUCAUCAUUACGAAGACAAUGCUGAGACUAAAGCUAAAAAGCUAGAAGCUGCUAAGGAACUUGUGCCAUUCUACAUUGAACGUUUGGACGAGCAGGUGAAGAAAAACGGCGGAUAUUUUGUCGGUGGCAAGUUGACUUGGGCUGAUAUAUUUUUCGUUGCGCUCCUCGAUUAUCUUAAUGAUAUGUCUGGAUAUGAUAUUAUCGAAAAAGCCGAAAAUCUUAAAGCUUUAAAAGAUAAAGUACUAGCCGUGCCUAAAAUUAAAGCCUGGGUUGAUAAACGUCCGGCAUGAGAUGAGAAAUUCUAGAAUAGAAAGACUUGUUUCGUGAUAUAUACUUUUUUUCAACACCGUUUUGGUACAUAUUAUAAUGUAAGGCUAUUAUUUUUCAAUUAAAAAUUAAGUCACUUCUCUUUUGUACGAGUUAAUAAAAUAUAUAAUUUAUUUUAUGAGAUA